AAUUCAGUCUGAGAAGGACUGUUGUUUCUGAUGAAGAAAGAGCUCCACCCUCGGCCACUGCCACAGCUGCUCUGCCAAUAACAAAGGCACAGCAUUUUCCCUCUGUGCAUCUCCAACAUGGAUGCUUUUCAGGGCAUUUUAAAAUUCUUCCUUAAUCAGAAAACUGUUAUUGGCUACAGCUUCAUGGCUCUGCUGACCGUGGGAAGUGAGCGUCUCUUUUCUGUUGUGGCUUUUAAGUGCCCCUGCAGCACUGAGAAUAUGACCUAUGGGCUGGUUUUCCUCUUUGCUCCUGCCUGGGUGUUACUGAUCCUGGGAUUCUUUCUGAACAAUAGGUCGUGGAGACUCUUCACAGGCUGCUGUGUGAAUCCCAGGAAAAUCUUUCCCAGAGGCCACAGCUGCCGUUUCUUCUACGUCCUUGGCCAGAUCACUCUGAGCUCAUUGGUGGCUCCAGUGAUGUGGCUUUCUGUGGCUCUGCUCAAUGGAACCUUCUAUGAAUGUGCCAUGAGCGGGACGAGAAGUUCAGGACUCCUGGAACUGAUUUGCAAGGGUAAGCCCAAAGAGUGCUGGGAAGAACUUCACAAAGUAUCUUGUGGCAAAACUAGCAUGCUACCUACCGUCAAUGAAGAACUGAAACUCUCCCUUCAGGCCCAGUCUCAGAUUCUAGGAUGGUGCCUGAUUUGUUCAGCAUCUUUCUUCUCUCUGCUCACCACAUGUUAUGCUCGCUGCCGUUCUAAAGUUAGCUACCUUCAGCUGAGUUUUUGGAAGACAUAUGCACAAAAGGAGAAGGAGCAGUUGGAAAAUACAUUUCUGGACUACGCCAAGAAGCUGAGCGAGAGGAACCUGAAAUGUUUUUUUGAAAACAAGAGGCCAGAUCCUUUUCCCAUGCCUACAUUUGCUGCUUGGGAGGCUGCUUCAGAGCUGCAUUCUUUCCACCAAAGCCAGCAACACUACAGCACCCUCCACAGAGUGGUGGACAACGGUCUGGAACUUAGCCCUGAGGAUGAUGAGACGACAAUGGUCCUUGUGGGUACUGCCCACAAUAUGUAGCUCAUCCAUCAUCACUGACUCAUGGUGUUGAGUGGUAUGCUCAUUCUGGGAUCCUCCUAACGUAUCACUAGCAACCUGUGUAUCUCUGUAUUUUCUUACAUUUGGAGUAUCUUUACAAGACAAUAACACAAAGGAAACUGCUUUGAAGCUCUCAAGUGGAGCAUCAGGAUGUGCUCAAUUUGAUGCUGCGGGGUGACAAAGGUGCUCUUGCAUUGGUGGAGAGGGGCUUAAUAGGCCCAAAUGUUGCUCCAAGAUCUAAGAUUUUAUCAUUCAACAGACAGACUCAUGUGAGAGGGCUCAUCAGUCUCUGUAAAUAUUGGUUGCAGAAUUUAGGGGCAGAAGCAAUGGCUUGUGAGUGAGCAAGUUACUCUUAACAUAGGUUGCCCUACACAGUGGCUCCUGCAGUGUGAUCAGCAGGAGUCUCUGUCCUACAAAUCUAUCCCUUUAAGGAUGUAUGAAAUUCUGGAAUUCAUUCCCUCAGAAUCUGAAGACCUCAGUUCUCAAAAAUGACAAGUUGCAAGAAUAUGAUACCUAAAAUUGAAAGUUUUUCACAUUUUUUCACUGUAUACUGAAAAUACGCCCCUGGAAGCACAAAAAUCAUAAUUUUUGUGGGCUUUAUGUACUUUUGCCUUUGUGAACCAUUUCCUACAUUCAAAAUAGUAGUAACAAAUAUAUAUAUAUACAGAAAUAUGUAUUUAUAACUGCACUGAUAAAAGGUGAAUAUAUUAGCAUUUUCUUCAACCUAAAAGUUUAUGUAUUUUCUUCUGAUUUUAAAAGAAAUUAAAAACAUUUUCGUGGGCCCUUACAAGUAUUGUGGUCCUUAGGCACAGUGCUUACUAGGCCGUGGGUACGUCUUAGUGCGUUUGGGCUACUAUAACAAAAUAUCAUAGAUAGGUGGCUUAUACAAAAUAGAAAUCUAUUUCUCACAGUUCUGGAGGCUGGGAAGUCUGAGGUCAGGGUACCUGCAUGGUCAGGUUCUGGUGAGAGCAAUUUUCCAGGUUGCAAACUGCUUGCUGACUUUUCAUUGUCCUUCCAUGGUGGAAAGUGCAAAUAAGCUUCCUUGAGCAUUUUUAUAAGGCACUAAUCCCAUUCCUGGAGGCUCCACCUUCAUGACCCAAUUACUUCUCAAAGGCUCUGCUUCUUAGUACUAUCAGCUUGAAGGUUAAGAUUUCAACAUAUGAAAUUGGGGGAGACACAAACGUUCAGACUAUAGUAGGGUAAAUUGACCUUGACUAAAGGUCUGGGGACACUGUCCAAAGCAGUACUGGCAUAAAACUGUACUGCAGUCUUACAUUUAUCAGAAAUAAUGCAAAUCUUGCAUUCUACAAUGUACUAUAUCCAUGUUAGUAUGUACAUAUAUAUGUGUAUGUGUAUAUGUACAUAAAUUCUCCUUAAAUCUCUGAGAAGAAUUGUGCUUUAAAAAAGAACUAUGUUUUGUGCUGUGGCUCAUACCUUACCGUGGUAGUCUAUGUCUCCUAGUUUGAGAAAGCUGAAUAUUAACUUCUUAUUAACACGAAACAUGAUGGUAAACUGAAUCCUACAAGUAUAGGACCCAGAACAUAUCUAUGUUAUUGUCGUUUACAAGAAGAAAUAUGUAUUUGGUCUUUCUUCCUAUUCCUGGUACAGAGCUCCUAAAACCUUUGGGACCUCCGAAGUGAUGUGUCUGGUAGUACGCGAAUGAGAUGACUGAUAGUUAGGGGCUUCUGAAUGGCCUCAGAAUGGGGUCUGGUUGCCAGGGGAACCAACCAUGUGUUUAGAGGGUUGGAAAUUUCAGCCCCACUCCCAGACCUUGGGGAAGGAAGAAGGGCUGAAGGUUGAGUUGAUCACAAAUGGAUAAUGAUUUAAUCAAUCAUGCCUAAGAAUAAAGCUUCCCAUAAAAAUCCAAAGGACAAGGUUCAGAGAGCUUCUGCGUUGCUCAAUACAUGAGGGGUGGUGCACCCAAAGGGGCCGUGGAAGCUCCAUGCCCCUUCCCCCAAACCUGUUCCUGUGCGUCUCUUCCAUCUGACUGUUUCUGAGUUAUAUUAUUUUGUAAUAGACUGACUAUAGUAAAUAAAGCCCUUUCCUGAGUUCUGUGA